UCAGUUCGCUUCGCUUGUGCUUUGGUUAACAAGGGUGAUCAACCACAAAGAGUUUAUAUCGGACGCAGAAAACAUUAUUCGUCGCAUAAUCUUAUCAGUUUUGCAUUCUGCUUUCGAUUGCAUUUUAUCACGUUUUCUGCGGGCUAGUUUUGCUUUUAUUUGGUUCAGCUGCAUUCAGAAACGAGAUGACUGAAGCACAGAUUUGUGACAUUAGUUUGGAGGCCAAAGAAGAAAUUAGCAAGUUUCGAUUUCGCCGUAACGCAACUAAUACGGCACUUAUUUUAAAAAUUGACCGCGAAAAGCAGCUGGUUACCGUGGACGAGCUGCUAGAUGACGUAUCCGUGGAGGAUCUGCAGGAGCAGCUGCCGAGUCACCAGCCGCGUUACAUAAUCUACAGCUAUAAAAUGGUCCACGACGACUCGCGAAUAUCCUAUCCGAUGUGUUUUAUAUUUUACACUCCUCGCGACAGCCAAAUGGAAUUGUGCAUGCUGUACGCCAAAACGCGUAUGGCUCUGCAGCGGGAGGCCGAUUUGACGAGAUACUACGAAAUUCGCGAACUUGACGAUAUGACUGAGGACUGGUUGAAGGAAAAACUAAAGUAAAUUCCGCCACAGAAAAAGACACUCUAGAUUUGUAAAAGCCAAAAGUUGCCAAGCACUAUUCAUUGGAGCAUACGAUUUAUUUCUUCCUAAAAUAUAUAUAUUCUCAAACGAAUGAUUUAUGACGUUGGCUGUAACCUGUACAAAGUACAGUUUAUUUGUGCGAAUUUGUGUAAUGUUUAACCACGAAAGACAAAUCUAAGCUUGGUAUUAUCAAUCGCAUCAAGACCAGUUCUGUGAUGAACGCAUUUUAUUCCUGGUUAUAAAUUUUGCAAUUAUAAUUAAUAUCUUUUAUUUUCCAUAAAAUAGUUAUAACGCACACUAAACAAAUGUGUGGUUCCAUUUUAACGUAAAAAACACUGUUUGUAUGGUGAGGUAAAAUAUUCAAUCAUUGGAAAUAGUCAUAUGCCACAAUUUGAUACAGAUAGACCUUUUGCUUAUAUAUGUAUACGGAAUAAUAGAACCCAUUAGUGCGUAGAUCAGAACAGCUUAGAACAGUAGUAAAGCCUUUAACGCAAAAAUAUGUGAAUGAUUUCUUUCUGCAAUACAUCACAGUUUAUGUUUAUAGUUGUCACAAAUUUUAUAGCGAUAUUAUAAAGUACAAGUAAUAAUAGGAAGUCGCUACACAAAAUACAGCCAAUAAUUGACAAUUAAUUUUUUUUUUUCGCUGGAGCCAACGAGAUUCCAAUCUGACUUUUAACAACAAUAAUAUCAGCUGCGAUGUCUGAAAAACGAAUUGAGGCUUUUUCUACACCAUAGAUUUACAACAUCGAAAUUUUAUAUAUCGUUCUAAGCAACCACUUUCCGGCGAUGAUUUAUACCUAUCAGUGUAUCAUCGAGGCGUAACCCAACAGGAUAUUUAAACGCGCGUUAGAAGAUUUAAGUACAAGUUAGUGCAUAUGCUUACUAUAUAAGUCUUUACCGGUACAUUGACCAGAAUAGCAAUCCUAAACAUAAAAUAUAUCACUAAAAUAAAGAACUCCGAUAUUGGAGUGAAGGAAAACUUUA